ACGACCCGGAUCCAGCCUGACAUUCUGCGACUGACCUCAGACUACACGCAUCUUAGCAUUAGCUUCAUUAAUAAUCUGCAGGAAGUCGUUAUCAAUCAACUACAACUGACGGUCGCAUUUUAGCGAUUUAUUCGCCGCACACGAAGCCGAUCCAGGCCGACAAAUAUCAGCGGACAGAGGCAGGAGACAUGGCCACAAUCGAAGAGCUUUCCCCGGUGUCUGUCCGACCCCCGGAGGACGAGAUUGACGACGAUGAAGACGAAGAUCUGGAUGAGACACUGGUGGAGAGGUUGUGGGGCCUGACAGAGAUGUUUCCCGACACAGUGCGUUCAGCUGCUGAGGUGUCGGCAGUUUGCUCCGUCUCACUGGCCAAGAAAAUUUACAGUUUUUCCCGCGCCGCGCUCUGGGUGGGCACUACCUCCUUCAUGAUUCUGGUGUUGCCUGUAGUUUUUGAGACAGAAAGACUACAGCUGGAGCAACAGCAGUUACAGCAGCAGCGACAGAUCCUUCUGGGACCAAACACUGGAAUGUCUGCCGGGAUGCCGGGUAUGAUGCCUCCUGCACCUGGCAAGAUAUGAGCAACAAGGAGAGUAGACACAAGGCUGAGAUCUGCCAGUAGCAUAACGGCAGGGUCGUUCACAAGGAGAGACAGAGGGAUUUACGAAGAAGAGCAAAGAACUGCUGUAAAGAGUUAAAGUUAAAAUUAAAAAUAAAGGCAAAGCUUUUUAUAAAGGAGGAGGAGACACAGGAUGAUAAAAAGCAUCUCUGACACUUCUCUCUCACUGUCUCUCCUUACUCCAACAUCAUGCAGAGACUUAAUUCCUGGAACACUGUUGUCUUUUCAUUUUUUAAAUAAACACACGUAUAGAUGGGUAAGUUAUAAGGAAAAAAAUCAGGAGGUUACCAGUCAUUCUAACUGUUGGCAGUCAGAAGAACCUUAAUAUACUAUGGUUUGUACAUCUAUUUACUGUCAUUUUCUUUAUGGUUCCACUUGUAUUUGAAGACCUAUUUUUUAAUAAAUUAUCUGAAUGAAAGGGGAACUUAAUGUAGACAGUAUUUAUUGAUACGAGUAUCAUCUACAAUAAGGUCUCAAGUGUGACCUUUUUCUACAUGGUGAGAUUCUGACUGUUUGACCCUUGUACAAUGUGUGUCAUUCAAAGUGCAAUGGCUCUUUCUUCAAACUAACCACCGUUCAUGUUUUUAUUAUAUUUUGAUUUUCACCAAUGAAGUGAAUGAAGCAGCAACACCAGAUGUUCUACUGCUCGAAGAGGGAAAGAUGGUUUUGUCACUGUACAUCUACAGGGUGUAAAAUACAACAUUGUGUUGCAAUUUGAGGCAAACAACCUGUCGUUAUUCUUUGGACACAUGAAUGUGGUAUAGUUUGAAGGUUAAUGUAACGUCUCGAUAUUUCCAUUAGAGACACAAAGUUACGUCUUACCUCUGUCUCCGUCUCUUUCUGUUGCCUUUGUUCACAAAGCAAACCUGUCUGUUUUGUUUUCAACAUGACUGUGUUAAUAAAAACUCCGAACCCAA